AGAGACGUGAAAAAGAUGAAGCUACAGAAGCUUUUCAACAGGAAACCAAGGGGAGCCUCUUGUUCUUCUUCCCCACCACUCAUGGCUUCCUUCUCCUCUCUCCUCCACCCCCACCAACUCCACCUCCCCUUCUCCUCCCCCAACCCUAACCCUAAUCUCCUCCACCGCUACUCCAUUCCUGUUCGCCCCCUAUCCCUAACCCACUCCGUCUCCCCUCACUCCACCCCCAACUCCGACACCAACGAAACCUCAUCAUCUUCCUCCUCCUCUUCCGCGCCUCCUCCUCCUCCUCCUACUCCUACCAAGAAGUCCUUCGCUGUCGCCACGGGGGAGCUCUUUCUGGGCUUGGCUUCUAGGAUUAUCAAGCGCCGGAAUGGAGACCCAGACGGCAAGGCGGCGGCCUCUUCGGUCGCCAUAUUUGAGAGUUCCGGUAAGUACUUGGAAGAGAGAAUUGGGAAGUUAAUGGAGGAUGAUAUUCAGCCGGAGGUUAUUUGGGAGCAGCGCGUCAAGGAUGUGGAGGCCGAGAAAGAGCGGCGCGUCGUUACUAGUCCCGGCUUUAGCUUCUCCGCCGCCGGACUUCUUUUUCCUUAUCAUUUAGGCGCCGCUAAGUUCCUUAUUCAGAAUGGUUAUAUCAAGGAAACUACACCAUUAGCCGGUUCCUCAGCGGGCGCAAUUGUCUGUGCUGUGGUUGCCUCUGGAGCCAGCAUGGAAGAGGCUUUACUAGCAACCAAAAUACUUGCUGAAGAUUGCCGGAACAGAGGGACUGCUUUUCGACUUGGGGCUGUUCUUCGAGACGUUCUUCAAAAGUUUUUGCCUGACGAUGCUCAUAUCAAGUCUAAUGGGAGGGUUCGAGUUGCAGUAACACAGCUUCUCUGGAGACCGAGGGGUUUAUUGGUGGAUCAGUUUGACUCCAAGGAGGAUCUCAUUGAUGCUGUUUUUACUUCUUCCUUUAUUCCAGGAUAUCUUGCUCCAAGACCAGCAACGAUGUUCCGGAAUCGGCUUUGCAUUGAUGGGGGCUUGACAUUAUUCAUGCCACCAACUUCUGCAACACAAACGGUACGAGUUUGUGCUUUCCCAGCCAGUCGAUUAGGGUUUUUUGGAGAAAUCGGGAUCAAUCCAGACUGUAAUCCUGAUAAUAGGGCUACCCCUCGACAGCUUUUCAAUUGGGCACUUGAGCCAGCCGAGGAUGAUGUUCUUGACCGGCUCUUUGAGCUUGGAUAUAAAGAUGCAGCGGUAUGGGCUAUGGAAAAUCCCGUCGACCAAAUAGUUAAAGAUGACACUUCUUUGGCUGGCUUAGUUCAGUAAACCGGCGUAGAGACCCCCUACUUGCUGACCUUGAAGAUGCAUAACAUUCUUGGUUAGUGUCAAUUACUGAGAAUCUUGUUAUAUCUUUUCGCAUACAGGUCAGACCGACUAGUUUUCGUAUAGAAUAGUACAGCCCUUGAUAAUUAAGGGGUGGAACCACAUUAUCUUUGAUAAAUGUAGCAUUGUUGCAAUUGUAUAGCACGUCAUAAAAUGUAUUGAAACACCGUACGAGUACGAGAAAUGGAAAAAGAAAAGAGUAAGGUAACUGAAAACGGUUCACGAA